CGCCGGGCUCAGUGAGGCAUCAGUCAGCCGCUGCCGGUGCUGAGGCCGGGGUUGGAAGUAGAGCCGGACGCUGAGGAGCUGCAGCUGGGCCGGGGCGCAGCGCCGAGCCGGGGCCGCAAGGAGGGGCGUUUUGCUGCUGGCCCACCGCGAGCCGUCCCCAGCCCGCGCCGAGGCGCCCUCUCGCCAGGCCGCCUGCCUCCGCCUUCCGCCUCCCUCCAUUUCCCCGGAAUCUCAGCCCGGCGCGCCUGCACCCCGGUCCUUCCCUGGGUGGGGAAGCUCCCGGCCGCUUUCUGGUUUCACUCCUUCCUCGCAGCCUGGGCUCUCAGCCCCCUCUUCUUUUCCUGCACCGGGUCCCACCCCCUUCCAUCCUAUUCCUUUAGCUCAGGCUCCCUGCCCCUUCGCUUAGCCAAGUCCCAGCUCCUCAGUCACUUUCCUCAGCCGAGGGUCCCUGCCUUCCCGCUUCCUUUUCCUUGCCUGGGGUUCAGCCUAUCCUGUCCCUUCCUCUGUCCUUAGGGCGAAGUCCCUCCCUUCCUCUCCAAACCCCUUUCUCUGGCCUGGAGUUCCAGACAUUUUGGCCUCCUCCUAUGAUCCUAACUGGGUCCUUGUCCCUCUUCCCCAGUUUGGAGUUCUAGGUCGUGAAGCCAACCUUCCUCCACCUCCAGAGGGCUGCUUCCACAAAAACACAGCUCUAAAACAUGAACUUUGCCUAGAGACGCCCUGGUCUCUCUCACCCCCUGCAGACUCCUCACUGCCUAUGUCCCAGGUCUCACUUUGCUAAGGCUCGAGGGGCGCAGCAGGAUGCUUCUGUGGUCUGGCAUCUGUGGCCUCUCUCCACCUCGAAUCUUCCCUUCGCUGCUUGUGGUGGUAGCCUUAGUGGGGCUGCUACCUGUUCUCAGAAGCCAUGGCCUCCAGCCCAGCCCCACUGCCAGCACCAUCAGAGGCUCAGAGCCACCACGGGAACGCUCGAUUGGGGAUGUCACCACCGCCCCACCAGAGCUCGCCCCGGAGAGCCGCCCUGUUAACCAUUCCGUCACUGAACACGGCAUGAAAGCUCGGAAGGCCUUUCCGGUCCUGGGCAUCGACUACACACACGUGCGCACACCCUUCGAAAUCUCCCUCUGGAUCCUGCUGGCCUGCCUCAUGAAGAUAGGUUUCCAUGUGAUCCCCACCAUCUCGAGCAUCGUCCCGGAGAGCUGCCUGCUGAUCGUGGUGGGGCUGUUAGUGGGGGGCCUGAUCAAGGCCGUGGGCGAGACGCCCCCCUUCCUGCAGUCAGAGGUCUUCUUCCUCUUCCUGCUGCCGCCCAUCAUCCUGGAUGCAGGCUACUUCCUGCCGCUGCGGCAGUUCACGGAGAAUCUGGGUACCAUCCUGAUCUUCGCUGUGGUGGGCACGCUGUGGAACGCCUUCUUCCUGGGCGGCCUCAUGUACGCCGUGUGCCUGGUGGGCGGCGAGCAGAUCAACAACAUCGGGCUCCUGGAUAACCUGCUCUUUGGCAGCAUCAUCUCGGCCGUGGACCCCGUGGCCGUGCUGGCCGUCUUCGAGGAAAUUCACAUCAACGAGCUGCUGCACAUCCUGGUCUUUGGGGAGUCCCUGCUCAACGACGCCGUCACUGUGGUCCUGUAUCACCUAUUUGAGGAGUUUGCCAACUACGACCGCGUGGGCAUCGUGGACAUCGUUCUCGGCUUCCUGAGCUUCUUCGUGGUGUCCCUGGGCGGGGUGUUUGUGGGCGUGGUCUACGGGGUCAUCGCAGCCUUCACCUCCCGGUUCACCUCCCACAUCCGCGUCAUCGAGCCGCUCUUCGUCUUCCUCUACAGCUACAUGGCUUACCUGUCGGCCGAGCUCUUCCACCUGUCAGGCAUCAUGGCGCUCAUUGCUUCGGGAGUGGUGAUGCGCCCGUACGUGGAGGCCAACAUCUCCCACAAGUCUCACACGACCAUCAAAUAUUUCCUGAAGAUGUGGAGCAGUGUCAGCGAGACCCUCAUCUUCAUCUUCCUCGGUGUCUCCACCGUGGCCGGCUCCCACCACUGGAACUGGACUUUUGUCAUCAGCACCCUGCUCUUCUGCCUCAUCGCCCGAGUGCUGGGCGUGCUGGGCCUGACCUGGUUCAUCAACAAGUUCCGCAUCGUGAAGCUGACCCCCAAGGACCAGUUCAUCAUCGCCUACGGGGGCCUGCGGGGGGCCAUCGCCUUCUCCCUGGGCUACCUCCUGGACAAGAAGCACUUCCCCAUGUGUGACCUGUUCCUCACAGCCAUCAUCACCGUCAUCUUCUUCACCGUCUUUGUGCAGGGCAUGACUAUUCGGCCUCUGGUAGACCUGCUGGCUGUAAAGAAAAAGCAAGAAACAAAGCGCUCCAUCAAUGAGGAGAUCCACACGCAGUUCCUGGACCACCUUCUGACAGGCAUCGAGGACAUCUGUGGCCACUAUGGCCACCACCACUGGAAGGACAAGCUCAACCGGUUUAAUAAGAAGUACGUGAAGAAGUGUCUGAUAGCCGGCGAGCGCUCAAAGGAGCCCCAGCUCAUCGCUUUCUACCACAAGAUGGAGAUGAAGCAGGCUAUCGAGCUGGUGGAAAGUGGGGGCAUGGGCAAGAUCCCUUCGGCCGUCUCCACCGUGUCGAUGCAGAACAUCCACCCCAAGACCCUGCCUACCGAGCGCAUCCUGCCAGCACUGUCCAAGGACAAGGAAGAGGAGAUCCGCAAGAUCCUGAGGAACAACUUGCAGAAGACCAGGCAGCGGCUACGUUCCUACAACAGACACACGCUGGUGGCAGACCCCUACGAGGAGGCCUGGAACCAGAUGCUGCUCCGGAGACAGAAGGCCCGGCAACUAGAGCAGAAGAUCAACAACUACCUGACGGUGCCGGCCCACAAGCUGGACUCGCCCACCAUGUCUCGGGCCCGCAUCGGCUCAGACCCACUGGCCUACGAACCGAAGGCCGACUUGCCCGUGAUCACCAUCGACCCAGCCUCCCCUCAGUCGCCCGAGUCCGUGGACCUGGUGAAUGAAGAGCUGAAGGGCAAGGUCCUGGGGCUUAGCCGGGAGCCAGGGAGGGCAACCGAGGAGGAGGACGAUGACGAGGACCAUGACGGGGGCCUCGUGAUGCGGACCAAGGAGCCCUCGUCCCCGGGCACCGACGACGUCUUCACCCCUGCGCCGAGUGACAGCCCCAGCUCCCAGAGGAUACAGCGCUGCCUCAGUGACCCAGGCCCCCACCCAGAGCCUGGGGAGGGAGAGCCCUUCAUCCCCAAGGGCCAGUAGCACCGGGCCCGCGGGCAGGGCCCGUCCCAUCACAGACUCUCCCACUGGGGCUGCUGGAGGCUCCCCUCGUCCUUUCCGACCCGGACCAGCCUUGCCCCUCCCCCGACCCGACCGCAUGGCAGCUGGGCCCACAGCCCCCACCGCAGCACGGCUUCCCCCUGCCUCCCGGGAAGCGCCCUCCCUCCCACCAGAACUGCCUUCCCAGUCCAUCUGGCAGACCUGCUGGGCUGUGAGGCAAACCUGGCCCCUUCCCAAUCCAGGCCCUCCCCGGACCCCGACCAGGGCCUCUGGGUUUCCCAGACCUCUGUCACCGUCCUCAUGCAAACCAAUCUUAGUUUCUAACCAAAGAGCCUCUGGCUCAGUCUUGGUCCCUCCUGAGAAGGGAAGGAGCCGAGGCCUCCCUUGGCCUAGGCCAGGCCCUCCGUUAACAAGGGAAAGACCAGGGGACCAGGCAUCUGACUUGGGGAGGGAUGGGUGACCCGUGGCGGUCCCACCCUCCUCCUGCCACCUCUCUCCCCCGACCAGCUACCUGACCUGUCCUUACUCAGAGCCGCAGGCAGAGGGCACCUCCAAGCUCUUUGUGGAGCCGGGGCACUCAGAUGGCGACCUGACUCAGCUUCCCAAACUGCUCCCACGGGGACCACUGGGCCCUUCAGGGGUUCCUGUCAGGGGCUCCAGAAAGUGCUACCUUUUUAUCUGUUUUGUUUGUUCACACUUCAUGUAUGAUUCUAUUUGCACAGAGGGCAUUCCUGUUUUUAAAACAUUUUGAACCCCCUUGGCUGAACGGCGCCCUGGCCGUCUUCCUCCAGAGACUCACCAUCAUCAUCUGUGCCUGUCUGCCCAACACUCUUCCCCCAGAUCAGUGCUCUGUCUCCCAGGCUCUGAACGGUGGCCCCCACCCAGAAAACCCUAAUCACGAUUUUCUUUAACUCACAGAUGCUGGGCCUCCUGGCACCUUCUUCCUCUUGGGCCUGCCCCUCAGUUCCUGCUGACCUCUUCUUUCUCCCAUCCUCCAAUCCCCACUGGCCCCAGGAACCUCUCUUCCAAGCACCACACCCAGCUUGCUGUGGAGCCCAGUCCUUGGAGGAUGAGGCCUCCCCUCAGCAGCUCCCCCCCGCCACCGGCCAUGGCUGGUGGGUGGACAGAAUCCUGGGCCCCCAGAGCCUUUGCUCACAGGCACACAUUCCUACCCCCACUGCCACCAUGGGCCAGGCCAUGGCGUCUGUCCUUCACCCUAGGGUACUCCCUUCCCCAGGAUUGUGCAAUAGUCAAAGUGUCCCCCUUCCCAGUGGACUGGGCAGUGGGUGCUCAUCUGUCCCCCCCUCCUCUCCAUGUAAGUGCUGUUUUGGGCAGGAGUCACCAUGCAAGGGUGACGUUGACAACCAUGUUCAAAGCCACCACAGCUGCUGCCGCUCUGCCGCCUGUACAAAAGAAACCGAAUCUUUUUCAUAUUCUAAUAAAUCCGUGUGAGUUUUUGAUAGA